AUGCAGCUUAUCAACACUGCGAUAUACGAUCAGGAAGCUCAAGCGAGGGCAAAGGCUAUCGAAGAAACUCGCAAGCUUAAAUUACAGAAAAAGGCGGAGCGAGAGAGGGAAAAGGUUCUACGAUUUGCACAGCAUAUUGGGGUCCCAGCCUCGGCUCCGGAUCCUGGUAUUAUAGGUGCACGCCCGGAUUCAUACAAGGUCGUUAUUCAAGACAUUCCGUUUCAGGUUGUCAAAGGAGGAAGCAAGUUGGUCAGAUUAUCAAAUGAUCCUACAACUGCGAAUGCGACUCCGAAGAGAGUGAGCGUAGGUGGCGUGGCGUUUGUUAGAAGCAAGAAUGGAAACCUCCAUCGAUUAGGGGCUGUGGUUUCGAAGAAGAAAACUGGGGUGGUUAAGAAGAAGGAUGAAUUGUGCAAAAGAUUUACUGCGACGGGAACCUGCUACAAGGGCCCGAAAUGCCCAUACAUUCACGAUCCAAACAAAGUUGCCAUAUGCAAGGAAUUUCUCCAGACAGGUAAAUGUAAUGCAGGCCCAGCAUGCGAUCUCUCACAUGAGCCGUCACCGGAAAGAUCGCCUACCUGUGUCCACUUCCUUCGCGGCCGCUGUUCCAACCCCGAAUGCCGAUAUGCACACGUUCGAGUUACUCCCGGCGCGCCGGUUUGUCGCAAUUUUGCCAUCCUAGGAUUCUGCGACAAAGGUGCUGAGUGCUGUGAUCGCCAUGUGGUCGAGUGCCCCGACUACGCGAACACGGGCAAAUGCAACAAGCAAAAAUGCCCGUUGCCGCACAUUGAUCGAGCAGGUCAGAUCCGAAAACUCGCGGCUAACAAGGCAGGUAACAACAAUGCAGAGGAAGAAAAUGAUGAUGCAGAAGACAUCUCCAGCGAAGAAGAAAAUUACGAUGAGAUCGAUUCCGAUGAUGUGGAUUCGGAUGAGCUGGAUGAUGAACCUGAAUUCAUAAACGCAGGUGCCCAGGCUGGGGAAGAAGUUAUGAAUCAAGAUGACUUUAUCGGAUUCUAA